CCUCAGGCGCGCGCUGACGUGCGCUCGGCGGCGGCCCACUGACCGUUUCCGUGUAACUAACAGUUCGCAACUCCCUAGCCUUGCAAUAUUUAACAAUCUAACCAAACCAGGCUCACGUAUGUGAAAUUUUGCAACAGCUACGAUUUUGCGCAGAAGGCCGUGCCCAAGCCCCGAACGCUCAUAUUGUGAAACUGUAUUUUGUUGUUUCACUAUUAGUUUCCUAUAUUUACUCCAAAUAUGUAUUGUUCUCUGUAACUAUACUAGUUUUGAAAUUAUUGUGAUGUGCUAAAGUAUCAGAGAAGUCAAGAACGAUGCUAUCAAUUGAUUCUUUGUGGUGUGGAUCAACGGAGGAGCUGUCGACGUUGAGAGGAUGCAAGGGUGCAGAGAGAUCUGAGUAUAGAUUCAGACGUAGAUCGUCCAAGAGUCUCAUACCUCAGGCCUUGCUUCACACCCAUCCGGAGUCGCUGGUGCGAUCUCACCGGCAGCGACGUUCUGGCACGUGGCCGAGGACAAGAUCUCUGAACGCACCGUCUCCAAUACAACAGUUUGGACCAUGCGGAAGGAUAAUGAAAAACUCUGCAAUGGUUAUGCAGAUCCAGGACCCGGCGUCACAGCGGCUGACCUGGUACAAGCCGCCGCUGACGGUGCUGGUGAUCAAAAAGGUCCACGACGCCACCAUACUCGCGCCCUUUGUCCAGCUCGUACAUUGGCUUGUUCAUGACAAAAGUAUGGUGGUGUUCGUGGAGGCGGCAGUUCUAGACGACACUUUGCUCAAGGAGUACGGCGACUUCUCCUCGGUGAGGGAGCGGCUCAUGACUUUUCGCGCUGGCACAGACGACCUCACGGACAAGAUUGACUUCAUUAUCUGCCUUGGAGGAGACGGCACGCUGUUACAUGCCAGCUCCUUGUUCCAGCAAUCUGUGCCUCCAGUGAUGGCAUUCCAUUUGGGCUCGUUGGGAUUCCUCACUCCAUUCGAGUUCAACAACUUCCAGGAUCAAGUCAUGAAUGUUUUGGAAGGUCACGCCGCGUUAACGUUAAGGUCGCGUCUCCAAUGCGUGGUGCUCCGGAAGACGACAGAAGAUGGCAAAGAGAAGAAGAAGCCCACAACGAUUCUAGUGCUCAAUGAGGUGGUGGUGGACCGAGGACCUUCGCCCUACCUCUCCAAUAUUGAUCUCUUCCUCGAUGGAAAACACAUUACCUCUGUUCAGGGUGACGGUCUAAUAGUAUCGACGCCAACGGGCAGUACAGCAUACGCCGUGGCCGCGGGAGCUAGUAUGAUCCACCCGUCUGUUCCCGCGAUUAUGGUGACUCCCAUCUGCCCACACUCGCUCUCCUUCAGGCCCAUUGUCGUGCCGGCUGGGGUGGAACUUAAGAUCGCCUUAUCACCCGACGCGCGAAACGCGAUGUGGGUGUCCUUCGACGGACGCAACCGACAAGCGUUACAACACGGAGAUAGUCUGUACGUGACGACAUCAGUGUAUCCAGUACCUUCAAUAUGCGCGCAGGACCAAAUCUCGGACUGGUUUGAUUCCCUAGGGGAAUGUUUACACUGGAACGUGAGAAAGAAACAGAAACAAAUCGACGAACUCAGCGACCUAACUCACUCGUCCAGCGAUACUCUAGAGGAGCUCGAUUCAAACCACCACGACGAAAGACCAGCCGACACGUGACCUAAGGUUGUGUGUGAGCAGCAUGUAACAUAACCUAACCUUCGAUUAAUAAAGUACAAGAUAUGCUGUCGGUUGUAAAGAAGUGUUCGUGAAAUAUCACUGCUCAACGCUCACUCAAGAUUGCUCACUUAAUUUCGAUACUUCGCUAGUAAGAAAGCGAUUUUGACGAUAUCUUACCCGUAGUUUACAGUACAAGAUAUGUAGGAGUCGGAGACCGAGAUAGACAUGCAGUUGGUUGGAGAAAAAUUACUGCUCACUUAUGAUUGCGAAGUUAUUCUCGAUACUUCGCUAGAGAAAGCCAUCUUGACGUCAAAAAUAUGUCAAAUGUCAACUUGUCUUGUCAUUGUUUCAGAUUAUUAUUUUAUCCCUCUUGUUACAUGUUUUGUAUAAAGAAUGAUGUUUGUAUAAAACAAUGUAGGUAUGUCACAACUUGUUUUCGGUGUAAAAUAAAAAUGGCAACAAUGCAAUGCCAUGGCAACAUAUUAAAGAAUACAUCAUUUUCUAGACCUUGUAACUUU